UCGCCGGAGCCCCUGUCUACUUCACCCGCCUCACUUUCGCUACGACCACCUGUUCUGGAUGGCUCUUUGCAAAUGGAAGCUACAGCUCUAUCGACAAUACCAUCUCUGAAUCCGUUUUCAAUGAGUUUGCAGAGCACACAACUGGAAGACCCAUCUUUCGCCUUGACCAUGGAAGAUAUGGAGCUAAUCAAGCAGCAUCUCAAAGCGAAUGGAACUUUCAACGAGUCCCAAGAAGUAGGUAUGGCUCAACAGUGCGAUCGAUCGUGCCUGGCGGAUAAGUUGAGAUGUUUCCUCGAGAAAUUUCGAUGA